GUGAAUUGUGAUACUGUUGGCUUUCGAUAGGUGAGCUCAGAGCUGACUUGUUCGACGUCAUUUUCUUCCGUUUCUGAGGUGGCGAUUUAGGAAACCGUGUAUUCAUAACCUAAUAAUACAGGUUCCGCCGGACAACAUGUUUCCAGCGGACGAGUUAGUAAGUGGGACGCGUUAAAGAUGUCAGUUCACCAGGAGAACACGAGUGUGAAUGUUACUGCAGAGAAUGACAGGGAUAAGGACGACAAAUUACUCUUGAUCAAAGGUAGCGCUUUUCUCACUACCCUGGCCACUGCAGGCAUGAUUGCAGGGUUUGGUACCACCCUUGCCAUGGCUAAGAAGAAGAGUCCCAAUUGGUUCAAUAAGGGUAUAAUGGGAAGUGCUGCGGUUCCAGAAAGUGGCGCUUCAUUAGCGUUGCGAGCGCUGGGCUGGGGUUCACUCUACGCCUGGUGUGGUGUUGGCCUCCUCAGCAUCACCAUAUGGAAGGCCCUGGGUGUCCACAGUCUGAAAGAAUUUCGCCAGAAAAUGCAAUCCUUUUUUCCCGCCAUCCCUAAAAAUGCAGAAGCUGCGGAGGACUCUGCUCCGUUCGACUGGGAUUCCAUCUUCAAGUCAAAAUGAGCAGAAAUCAGACUUUUUCAAAACGCAGUCUUAAAUAACUGUAUGGACUUUAUUUUUAUCAGGUGGUCUGCCCUUGCGAUAGUCAACAUUCAUUUGACUACUUUUGAGCAACUGUAGUUCAUAUACUGUACAGGGUCACAGCGUUGUGGAGAACGCUGUUGAAGACCAGCCAGACUCAGUGGGAUUGUGUUUGACUUCAUUUUGUUGGAGUGCCAAGAAGAAUUUUAGAAGACAAGAGCCAUUCAUUCCUGGAGUAUAACACAAUAAUCACACAUUUGUAAUAUUGUAAAUAUGUACUUAAUAUAGUAUGUAUACUCGCACUUUUGACAGUUGAGCAUUUUCAGCUCAUUUGUGUGAGCCUAUUGAAUAGAAACUGCCAUUUGACCGGCGUAUAUUUCUUGCAAUUACUUGAGUAACAAAAUAAAACUGUGCUCUUGUGAUAAUGUGGCAUCAUGUGGCUUGGAAUUCAUAAUAAAAGCGUCAUGCAACUUUUUUUCUCCGAUAA